AUGACCACGGAUUGGGCUCCGUCUCGGGGGUCGAAGUCGCGCCCGCCCGAUGAGCAGGAUGAGAAGGCGUUCAGGGCCACGAGGGGCGGCACGGCGAGUGAUUUGCGCGACAUGGCGAGGAUGGGGAAGAGUCAGAAGUGAGUGAAGCCAGCGCCGCGCCUCUCCACCGCCCACAUUUCCAUCUCCAUCUCCAUCUCGACACGCGACGGAUAUGAGAGAGAGCAUUCUUGGGAGGAGGAGGAGGAAUCUUCUGGAGUGACUGCGAUGGAAGCUAGACGCGCCCUUUCCGCAAACAUGCGCUGACUGCAGGAAACCGCCAGAUUGCAACGGAAUUUCCGCCUCGUCACCAUGUUCGGAUUCAGUGCCAUCCUGAUGUGCUCCUGGGAAUCUCUACUAAGCACCAUGGGUAUCGCUCUCCAGAAUGGCGGCACCGCGGGUCUCAUCUGGACUUGGCUCAUUGUCUGGGUUGGAUUCACAUGCGUCUACAUGUCCAUGGCCGAGAUGGGCAGUAUGGCUCCCACCACCGGAGGGCAGUAUCACUGGGUAUCCGAGUUCUCGCCGAGGAGAUACCAGAAGCUCUUGAGUUACAUUGUUGGUGAGUAGAUGAGAGGAACAUCAGACGUGACGCUACUCGGCCAGCUGAUCUCUCUCGAAGGCUGGCUUGGUGUCCUCGGGUGGCAAGCUCUGCAGGCAUCCAUUGCCUUCCAAGCCGGCACCAUCAUUCAGGGGCUUCUGGUCCUCAAUUACCCAGACACUUACGCCUACGAACGAUGGCAUGGAACGCUACUCGUCAUCGCAGUGCUCGUAUUCGGCGCGCUCUUCAAUAUCUUCCUCGCCACCCGCCUUCAUCUGGUCGAAGGCUGUAUCCUGAUCGUACACGUAUAUGGAAUCAUCUGCGUCCUCGCACCACUAUGGAUUCUCUCCCCACGCUCCACUUCCGAAUUCGCUUGGCAGAAAUUCCAAGACCCCGGAUGGAACAGCCCUGGAGUAUCCGCCCUGAUUGGCAUGCAGGCUGCUGUAGUACCUCUGCUCGGUGCAGAUGCUUCGGUGCACAUGUCGGAGGAGCUUCGGGAUGCUGCGUAUACCUUGCCUCGCUCCAUGAUGUGGGCGCUCUUCAUCAACGGCGCCAUGGGAUGGCUCACCGCUAUCACGGCCUCUUACUGCAUCGGUGACCUGGCUACAGUACUCCAAACGCCGACCAACUACCCUUUCAUUCAGAUGUUCUACAAUUCCACCGGAUCACUGGCCGCGACGAACGCCAUGACUGCGAUCAUCGUCUUCAUGGACGGCUUCAGUGCAGUAACCAUCAUGGCCUCCGCUUCCCGGCAGAUGUUUGCCUUUGCAAGAGACAACGGAACACCCUUCGCGGAAUGGCUUUCCGAAGUCAGUCCAGCCCUUGAUGUACCCGUCAAUGCCGUGAUCGCAUCGACCGUGAUAUCAUGCCUCCUAUCCUUGAUCAACAUUGGAAGCACAGUCGCAUUCAACAGCCUGGUCUCCCUCACCAAUGGCGUGCUCAUGGUCUCUUACAGCGUCUGCGUCGGAUGCUUCCUGUGGAGAAGACUGUCCGGCCAGCCGAUGCUGCCGUCCAAGUUCAAUCUCGGCGCCCUGGGGCUGCCAAUCAAUCUGCUAGCAAUGGCGUUCCUCGUGGUUGUGUUUGUCAUGGUACACCCACCCCUAUGCCUCUUCCAAGACACGCCGCCACCUCAGUGCUGACCAGUAAAACAGGCCUUCUUCCCACCCACACCUCUCCCUUCCCUCACGCUUCCAUCCAUGAACUGGUCCUCGCUGGUUUUCAGCGUGGUCGCUCUCUGGGGCGUCGUUUUCUAUUUCCUCUGGGCGAGAUAUCGAUACGUCGGCAAGUAUUCCGUUGCGAGCCGUGUUUCGACUCUGGAAUGUGGUGCUAAUGUUGCUCUGCACAGGACCCGUGGAAUAUGUGCGGAAAUUGGAUUGAUGUUUGAAUAUCCGCAAAUAGAUCGAUAA